UUGUGUGGCUGCUAUAAAGACUAGCAAGUGCUUCAACAUUCCCAUCCACCUUCAUCAUUUUGGUGUUCGUUUUGACUCUGAAAAAAGAAGGAAAUGGGAAAUUGCCACGCCAUUGAUGCUGCAACACUAGUGAUACAGCACCCAAGUGGAAAAGUAGACAAGUUUUAUGCUCCUGUGAGUGCCAGCCAUGUUAUGAAAACCAACCCCGGUCACUAUGUUGCUCUUCUCAUCUCCACCACAUUGUGUCCAACCAAGGACAUUGAAAAUUGCCCCAAUAAGAGUGACAACACCACCAACCCGGUUCGCCUAACUCGCAUCAAGCUUCUCAAGCCCACUGAUACCCUUGUUCUUGGCCAAGUUUAUAGACUCAUCACAACUCAAGAGGUCAUGAAGGGCCUGAGGGAAAAGCAAAAAGCAAAGAUGAGGCCAAACAAUUCAGAAUCAGCUCAGAAGCCAGAUUGGGUGAAGGAAAAUAUGGGGUUGGAAAAGGAGAAAGCAGCAAGGAGCUCUGACAUUUACAACAACCAGGUAACCAAACCCGAAAGACCUCGACCAAGGAUAACAGCACCAACUAGUAAUGGUGGCGGUGCCACAGCUAAGACAAGAUUUUGGCAACCCUCUUUACAAAGUAUCUCAGAGGCUGCCAGCUGAUCUGUGUUUUCAAUCUUACCCACAUGAGGUGUGAGAGACAGAGGGGCAACUGAAAAUAAAAAUAGCAAAAGGAAAAAAGCUACAUGAUUGCUUAGUCAUGUUGAAAUUUUAAAUAUAGUACAUUAAGGUUCAGGGGAGGCCAGA